AUGCCAUUCAAAAAAUUUGAAAUUUGUGAAAAUUUAAGUGAACAACCUUUUUCUGAACUUUAUAAUACAAAAAAUGGUAAUAUUAAUUUGGUAAUUAAAAAUAAUAAGGAAUGUUUUCUUGAGUGUGAUAUUUUAUCAUCCCCAAAACCUAUAAUUAAUUGGUAUAAAAAUGAUAAAUUACAUCAAUCACAUUUGGAUAAUAUUUUAGAUCAUACUGAUGAUUAUUUAAAUUCAAAAAAUAUGAAUUCACAAAUUGGGUGGUCUAGUAUUCUCUCAAAAAUUCAAAUUUAUUCUAAUAAUGUUGGAGAUCAAUUUAAAUGUGAAAUUAUAAGUCCAUGUAUAAAUGAAAAAAUAAUUUCUGAUACUUAUACUAUUCCUGAAUUUGCAUUACAUAGUUGUUCAAAAAAUUAUGAUAAUAUACAUUUUUUAAAAAAUUUAAAUAAAAAUAACAUUUUUAGUAUCCUUAGUUACUUUAAUCCUUAUCAAUCUUUGUACAUAAAAACUCCAGUUAUCACAACUGCCACAACCAUGAGAAUGGAAUAUCCGGGAAAUUUUAUUACAUUAUCAUGUAAAAAUGAAGCUUACCCUAAAGCAACAAAUAAAUGGGAAGUUAUUGAGAAUGAUAACGAAAAUGGGAGUGGUAUUUCAAUUGAUAAUUUUAAUUAUUUUAAAGUUCUUGAUAAUGGUGAUAUUUUUCUCAAUACAACACAACUACCAAAUGAUAUUGUUCAAAUGGCACUUAGAUGCAACGCUUCAAAUGUUUAUGGAUGGGAUAUUUUUGUUAGUACUAUUCUUCUUGUCACUGAAGAAAGAAAAUAA